UUAUCCUCUCGCUCUCUCACACACACACACACAUUCACUCACACAGUUACACAGUUUGUGGCAGGUGGACAAAUAUUGAUGAGUAAUUCUGGAGGACUGUGGGAAUGUUUCAGUGUUUUUCUUUCAGUGUUUUUUCACUCCACCUAUAUUGGAGCCUCCUCUCACACAAAUAUUAUGUUUGAAAUUGUAAAUAUAACUGGAUAACCUACUUGACAUCACCACUGGAUUCACUACAAUUGCUUCUCUGACAGGAUGUGUUUUCUCCACUGAACAAUAGCCUCAACUGUCAUUUCUUUUUUUCUAUUGGUGCCCGUCUCUGUUUGCUUCAAUGGCGCUUGAGCUCGUGACCAUUCGUGUCUGUGUGUGUCUGUGUGUGUGUGUCCAUGUAAAUCAAUCUAAGUGAGGACCAGCACUAAGAAGGAAGACAUUUUAGGGUAGUUUUAGGCUUUAGUUUUGGAAUGGGAACUAAAAAAUGUAAAGUAUUGAUAAAGAGCAGCGGUGUAGCCAUACAAAUGUGUGCAACCAUGUUCGGGUUUACUGCGACAGUGAAGGUGUGUUUAAAAAUUGUAUUUGCACUAUAGAGCACACAUUUAGAUUUUUCUUUUUUUGUUCAGUAAAACCUAUGAAUUAAAAAUUGAGCAUUACAAUCUGCUAAUUAAGUUUUGAUAAUGACAGUGGUAUAGUUAUGGUUUGAGUAGGUGGUAGACAUCAGAGUGAAAGAUAGUGAUGAGGGCUGAAGUACUUUGUUCAGAUAAGGAAAACAUUAUGACUUGGAUCAAAAGGUUAUAAAAGCCUUGGUUGUCAUGGUUAAAGUAUAAACUGAUUUGGUUCAGAUAGUGUUUGUAGUUUGUUAAUAAUUCCUUAUUGAGUUACUUGAAGUUGAGGUCCUCAUCUUAUUGUUUUCUUGACUCCCUCCUUUAUACCCGUAAUGAUUACUAGACCAGGACAUUCAUCAUUAUAGCCUCUUGCUAAUACGUUGAUCUUCUUGACUUGAGGACAGUGUCCAAGUUCAAAUAAAACACAUCUAAUGUGCACAAAAUCAAAACCUUUAGCUAGCUCCAGGAGAUGUUUCAACACCUGCACAAGCAUCACUGAUGUUUCUUUCAGUUCUGGGAAGGAAAAGUAGCAUGUAGUGAGUGGAUUAGAACUUGUUAGGUGAAAAGAGCUUCAGAGAAUAUGGUUGGAUGAACAAUACAGUUACUUUGCCUUAUAACCGAACAAAAUACUAUAAAAUGGGCUAAAGAGUCAGAAAUAAUGUUACAUGAUACAUUACACUGUUAAUUCAGAUAAUAAAGGAUUUGUUGCCAUGACUUGUUAAUGUGAUGGAAUUAAUUUGAGAGAAAAAAGGCAAAACCAUGUCAUUCAAGAAAACAAAUUAAAUCAUUUUAUUCAUGUUUACAUUUGAAUUCUAGAAAUAUUUCCUUUGAUUCACUGAAAUGUAGAACUACCUCUAUGUCAUAUACAUAGUAAUGUAUACAGUGAGUGAGUUUGGCCUCCUUGAGUGCAGGCAGUCAGCGUGAUCAGCCAAGCGUCUACAGCCUGUUUGCCUUUGCUUUGCACUUGAUCUGGAAGCAAAGUCUGCUCUGCUCAGUGCUCCGCUUUGUUCCUGUAGGUUGUUUGAGCUGUCAAAACUGAAAAGUAUAAAGGAAGUAAUUGGUCUCAGUUAUGUUUCAACUGGGUAAAUCUUCUUGUCUAUUCCAGCACUGUUCAUUUUUACCUUUUAUACAGCAACUAGAAAAAAAACAUCUAAACCAGUGCUGAAAUACUUUACUGUUGAGGUUUCUUUAAAAAGUUUAAUACAUGCAAUGAAAGUGAAGACACAGAUCAACAGGCUGCAUUUUAUACCAGAUAAAUUCAUUAGCAGUUGCGGGUGUCGCGUUUUUACUUAGAUACUUAUUAUUUAAAAUACUUUUUGGUCAUAAAAAUAUCAUCAGGUGUGAUCAAGGAAAUCGGGGUAAUAUUAUGUUUUAGUAAAACGAAACACAAAACAAAAUCUGUGUCUGAAAUACCAUCAAAAUUGAUAGAUUGAGAAGAUCACAUGGCAUUAUAAAAAAAAAUAACUGAUCUGUCAUCGCUGAAGUAGAUUUAUUAAAGUAUUGUUCUGUUAUUGAGACAGCAUGGCUAAAUCAGUUGAGGCAGAGGUGACAGUGAAGACUUUCACAGUGUGCAUCCUUACACAGCAGGAAUGAGACAGAAGAUUUAGGAUGAUUUCCAGUCAUUAAUGUUUUUUCUCAGACCUUGAAUUGUUAGAAGAUGAGUAGGUUGUGUACACUGGGCGACUGUUUCCAGGUCAAUGAGUGUGCAGAAAUGCAAAAGUAUACGGCAUAUUUGCUCUGCAUCGUUUUGCAGCGAGUCCCAUGUCUGAACAAAAGCAUCUCUGAUCAGCGUUAACACACUGAGGGUUUUUUUCAAAAGCAGUAUUUUUUAAUCCAGUAAUGUCAAUAGUGCCACAUCGAGUCAGACUGUUAAGAGGUUGAAUUUCAUCAUUAAAAACCUUUUUUCCUUGUGCAGUGGUCAAAUAAAUGAGGUAAAAUUAGUUUUCUUUACCCAUUUUAAAAUGAAUAACCAGUUCUGAUUCUGUCCACCUUUUAGUUGUUAUAGUAUUUGAAAUAUCGAGUAGUCAAAGAUGCACAGUAUAAUAAAUCUUUUGCAGUACUGAGGAGGGUGCUGCUUUACAGACUGUCUCCACUUUUGCUUCCCAAUUGAAGUGAUUCAGUGGGCAGAGAGACAGAUGUCCCUCUGAGAAAGGAUUAAUCUAACUCUAAUUACUUAUCGGGCAUGCUCCAUAUGUUGAAGUGCAUGUGUGUUUGUGUGGCAGUGUGACUAUAAGGAAGGUCUGCUUAGAUACCAGCAAGAACAAGUAGCAUGUUGUCAUUUAAAAUUGAUUUAUAAAGUUUCAAGCUGACCUGGUUUUAAUAGCUAGCUCAAUUUGCAAUGAAAUUCAUGCAGAAAAUCCAAAUAUGGCAGGGUGACACAAGAUGCAGCUGUGAUAGGCUGAGACAGCUGUCAAUUAAGGCGCCCCAUCUCAUUCAUUCAGCUUCCGAAGUCUCCAAACACUUCAACUUGGCAAGCUUGUGUUCUGUUGUAUCAAAUUCACACAGAUUUUAGUCAUGGACUCUAUCUGACUCCUCAGAUAUAUGCAGUUGUUUCCUACCUGCUGAUUCACUCUUUACCAUGGCAACAGCCCUGUCUCCGCCUGGUACACGUAGAUGGAAAAGUGAGUCACACGUAGUGGGUGGACGGAGGAGGAAAAGAUGUUAUUUUGUGCAUGCUGUCGUCACAGGAGUUUCCAGCUCUCCAUCUGUUAAAAUCUCCGUUUAACUCUUCUGUUAUCUACAACUGAGUGUUAAACCAUAGUCUUUCUGUGGAAGCCGUUAAAAUAAGCCACUGAGUCACAAAAUAUAUCAGUCGUGAUAAUGAUUAGAUUCAUAAGCGUGUUUGGCAGGUUUUGAAUAAUUCCUUUUAAAACCUAUUUGGUGGCUAAAUGCCAAAUUUUCUGGAAACACUGCUGGCUUCUUCGGCCUAUUCUAGAUGCCAUGAUCAAUUAGUUUAUUGGUUGUUGCAUUUUUAUACAUAUAUUUUAAAAAGAGAUUAAAACAUGGCUUAAGAACAACUUUAACAUCAUGCUGAGAAGUGUUUCAGUCACUGUGUUGUGACUGAUUGUGGGUGUGGACUGGAUGCACUGAGUUGUAUUUAAUUGCACUCAGCAGAGAUGUCACUGUGAGCAGCCACACCCUUUAUGAUCUGUUCACCAAUCACUGAUAAGCUGCUCUUUAAAUGACUCCUUUCAUCAGUGACAAUGAUCAGCAACCUCUCUUUUUCUGUACUUAUAAAUGAAAGUGUCAUAUAGAUACCACAAAGAUGUUCAUAUAGAUUUUUGUAACAAGGUUGAUUUUGCUUUUAUUCUUUCUUGAUUUCCAUAUUUAGAAAUGUAUAGAAAGAAAGGAAACCUCACAAGUUUCAUGACUUCAAUCAGCAAUUACCCCCCAAAACAGCCUAAAGAGGCUGUCUGAGUGUGUUUCCCAGUGGCUUGUGUAAAUGUCAGGUCCCUUUAAAUGCACACCACGGAGCAUGGACAAAAGAGUUCCUGCUCAUUCAACAGAAUAAAAGGUUUGUGUGUGCAUGUCUGUAUGUGAAGUGAGAGAGAAGCAAGAGGAAGAGAGAGACACACACACUCACACACAGAGAAGUUGUAUAUGUUGUGUCAGGAUCCAGAAUUCAGACACGUUAAACAACAACUCCCUUGGUAAGAAGUACAGUUGGCAGGAGAAGGUUUCAGGCUCAUCCUCGCCCCUUAAAACAGGUGACCUCACUCCUCCACGUGAGCACAGCUGUCUAAGCGACGAGGACAAGGUGCACGGUGGGGGAGCGCAGACCAAAGACCGCGGGACCUCCACCGACGCCCCCUGCAGACACAGUCACACCUCGGGACACUCGCACAGCUCAGCUGCAGGGGCUGGGACACGGUCCAAGAUUCAGGAGAAGCCACCGGCACCACCACCACCACAGAACUAUACACCAGCUCCUCUAUAUCCUUCAGGGAAAGCGGAUGGCAGUGGGUCCCACAGGGAGAGGAUUAGAUACCACACAGAUGUUCAUAUAGAGCCAACAGAGGAGAUCUAUCUGACUCCUGUGCAACGUUCCGCAGAUCCCCUGGAACCCCCCACCGUCCAGGACCGGCCUUUCCUCUCACAGCAGACUGAGCAGGGACGCAUGUCCAUUAGCUCUGACACAGAGGGACCACCUCCUUAUCAGCCCCUCCCGGACCGGACCAACCCCUCCAUCUAUGAGGAAGACGAGAUCUAUGUCCCCCCACCGUCAUACGCUUCCUGUGUAGAGUCCCUCAUCACGCCACCUAGCAUGGCUGUGUCAGCUCACUCCUCCCAUGCACUGGACCUCAGCCUAAAGGGGACAAGUACAGGAGCUGGGGCAAUGCUCAGGGCUGGGUCAUCAGUUGAGUACGUUGAUGCCACAGAUGAAAGCUACUGUGGGGACGACGAGGAUGUGGACAGGUUAAUAAUGGAUGCAAAGAUGAGAAAGGGAGGGGUAAAGGGAGCCGCCCCACCGAGGACUUCCAUGAGCUCAGAGGCCAGCGGCCUGACAUAUGACUCAGUUAAAUAUACAUUGGUGGUGGAUGAAAAUGCUCAGCUGGAGUUAGUCAGUCUCCGGCAGUGUUACCAAGGCUAUAGCGAUGACAGCGACUCGGCCACAGUCUAUGACAACUGUGUCUCAUCUCCAUACGAGUCAGCCAUCGGAGAGGAGUAUGAGGAAGAGGAAGAGGAGCAUGACCCUCGUAUAGGAGGAGUGCGUCGAGAGGCCACAGCGUGCCUAUCUGAGGAUUCUACUCCAGAGGCGGACCUCCACUUCUCCAAGAAGUUCCUCAAUGUCUUCAUGAAUGGGCGCUCUCGCUCCUCCAGUGCAGAAUCCUUUGGUUUAUAUUCCUGUAUCAUAAAUGGUGAGGAGAAGGAUCAGAGCCACCGAGCAGUCUAUAGGUUUGUCCCUCGGCACGAAGAUGAGUUGGAGCUAGAGGUGGAUGACCCGCUGUUGGUGGAGGUCCAGGCAGAGGAUUACUGGUAUGAGGGCUACAAUAUGCGAACUGGUGCUCGUGGGGUCUUCCCGGCCUACUACGCUGUAGAGGUGACCAAGGACACGGAGAACUACAAAGUAAAGAGCAAUGAAUGGAUUGACAGAUACCGCCUAAAGUUUCUGGGGUCCGUUCAAGUGCCCUACCACAAAGGAAACGAUGUUUUGUGUGCAGCUAUGCAGAAGAUUGCUACUAACCGAAGGAUGACAGUCAAGUAUAACCCACCUUCCUCAUGCAUCCUGGAGAUCAGUGUGAAGGGCAUCAAGCUUUCAGUUCAAGAGGAUUACUAUGCUUGUGACAGAAGUAACGAAUGCAGUCACUUCUUCCAGUUAAAGAACGUCUCCUUUUGUGGCUAUCACCCAAAAAACAGCAAGUAUUUUGGUUUCAUUACGAAGCACCCAGCAGACCAGAGAUUUGCCUGCCACGUAUUUGUGUCUGAAAAUUCUACCAAACCUCUUGCAGAGUCAGUAGGGAAAGCCUUCCAGCUGUACUAUAAAGAGUUUGUGGAGUUCUCAUGCCCUACAGAGGACAUCUACCUGGAAUAGCCUUGCCUUUAACCACAACCCUGUAAAGUACGCUGUAUCAUAACAUAAUGUUGCAUGAAGGACAGAUAUACAUUAAUUGGUAAAACAAAAACAAAAAAAGAGAAAAAUUAAACAUUAACACAUCUGACAAACGAACAGGUAUAGAAGGCCCAAGUUUCAGACCUGUGGUGAAAACCUUGUGCAGCAACCAGAGAUGAAAAUGAGCCAAAGGAGGGGUUUCCUGGCAAAUGAAAAUAUGCAAAAUGGCAUCAGUGAUGAGGCAAAAAUGGAAAGCACAAAUAUUUUAACUCAUCAGUUUCUGCAAUGCUUGUUAGCCUGUAGCAUCAUGUCAGCAGAGGCAAAGCUGAAAGCCCAGGAGACGUCUGGAGCACUUUGUACGCUGGAAAAAAGAAA